GAGGACGAAGAAGAAGAAGAAGAGGAGAGCUCUGACGACGAGAACAUCGACCGAGGCGUCGCCGCUGAUAUUGAGCGGCUGGAGCAUGACUUCCCCAGCUUCGCCCGAAAAUACCGCCUGAUCAAACGCAUAGGAGAAGGUACAUUCUCCACUGUCUACAAGGCCGAGGACAAGCUGUACAACUACUACAACAACGACUGGAAAGAACAAAUUGGCGGAGAACAAUGGACGCCCCCACCAGUGAAGCGUCAACGAAACCAGCCACCCAAGAAACAAUCACACUAUGUUGCGAUCAAGAAGAUUUAUGUGACGUCGUCACCGUCUCGCAUCUUCAACGAGCUCGAUCUCCUCAAAGAUCUUCGGGACUGUCCGUCAGUGUGCCCACUGAUCACGGCGUUCCGAUCAACGGACCAAGUUAUUGCGGUCCUCCCGUACUUUCGACACUCCGACUUCAGGACAUACUUCAGGGACAUGACCAUUCCUGACAUUGCAAUCUACCUCCGGUCGCUGUUCACAGCGCUGAAAAGCUGCCAUAAGCACCACAUCCUGCACCGAGACAUCAAGCCAACCAACUUUCUCUACGACCCAGCCACGCAGACAGGUGUGCUGGUAGACUUUGGCCUGGCUGAGAGGGAAGGCUCUGAAAGCAGGGCUUGCCUGUGCCAUGAAGCCAAGGAACAGCGUAGGGCACGACAGUACGCCUCAGCGUAUGCGCAGACCAAUGGUCAGCCGGCUGCGGGCUAUCCCAAGAACGACACCCGGCCAUCUAGGCGGGCGAAUCGUGCUGGUACGCGUGGCUUCCGUGCGCCAGAGGUGCUCUUCAAGUGCACGGAGCAAACCACAGCGAUUGACAUUUGGUCAGCCGGUGUCAUUCUACUGACCAUCUUGUCGAAACGCUUCCCAUUCUUCAACUCGGCCGACGAUGUGGAGGCCAUGAUUGAGAUUGCCACCAUAUUCGGCGUAAAGAAGAUGAGGGCUGCUGGACUGCUGCACGGCUGCGUCUUCGAGUCCAGCAUCCCCACGGUGGGCUCGCAGGGCUUCACGCUCGAGAAGAUCAUCUUGUGGAGUACAUGUCGAACAGACGACAAGCCACUGACGAGCGAAGAGAAGCUGGCCGUCAACUUCCUGGAGCGCUGCAUGGAUAUGGACCCUAGCAGACGUAUCACUGCCGAGAAAGCGUUGCAACACGACUUCCUACAGCUUGGGAUGCCCACCCCGGAGCCAGGAGAGGAUGACAUGGAAAUGUUA